CAUUUCCCCCAUAGCGUUCUAUCUCCCCACCGCCUGCACCGAAGCGGAUGAAAACAAACACUAAUGAUGGCGGUGCCGGGGAGCGAAUGCUUGCUGGCUUAGGGCGGGAGAGAUCGCUUGACGCGUGAAGGGGAAGCUCUGAGGAAAACCAGUCGACACCAGUCAGACAACUUGCUCCGUUUUGGGAGCCAGGAGCCUUGUGAACGUGAGGUAUUUCUCUGCGACCUGUGCUGUCACUACCGCCCGGGAGCGCGGAACACUCAAGCCGGGAGGCGCGGUUGGCCGGCCUCGGGCCCCGGCCUCCGGAAUGAGAGCCCGGAGCCACUCUCUGUGCCGUAGCUUCGCAGGUGAGGGUGACUGUUGACUAGUGAAAAAAGGGACCCAAGGUUCACAACUAUCUUCUUACUGGCAGUGGAACGACCUGUGGAAACCUGGACCCAUUCUCAUUAAAUAAAUCUCUGGGUUCCAAUAGGCAAUGGAAACUGAUCUCAGUUCCCAGGACAGAAAGGACCUGGACAAGUUUAUUAAGUUUUUUGCCCUCAAGACUGUCCAAGUGAUUGUCCAGGCUCGACUUGGUGAAAAGAUUUGUACCCGUUCAUCUUCUUCCCCAACGGGUUCAGAUUGGUUCAAUUUAGCAAUCAAAGACAUCCCAGAAGUCACACAUGAAGCAAAGAAGGCCCUGUCAGGACAGCUGCCUGCUGUGGGGCGAUCUAUGUGUGUGGAGAUCUCACUCAAGACCUCUGAGGGAGAUUCCAUGGAGUUGGAAAUUUGGUGUCUUGAAAUGAACGAAAAGUGUGACAAAGAAAUCAAAGUUUCCUACACUGUAUACAAUAGACUAUCACUGCUGCUGAAGUCUCUUCUUGCUAUUACGAGGGUGACACCAGCCUACAGACUCUCCAGGAAACAAGGGCAUGAGUAUGUAAUAUUGUACAGGAUUUAUUUUGGGGAAGUUCAGCUGAAUGGCUUAGGAGAAGGCUUCCAAACAGUUCGAGUUGGAACAGUGGGCACCCCUAUUGGCACCAUCACUCUUUCCUGUGCUUAUAGAAUUAACUUGGCAUUCAUGUCUACCAGGCAAUUUGAGAGGACCCCACCUAUCAUGGGGAUUAUCAUUGAUCACUUCGUUGACCAUCCCUAUCCUAGCUCCUCUCCCAUGCACCCCUGCAAUUACAGAACUGGUGAGGAUGCUGGCGUCACAUACCCAUCAGUGGAAGACUCUCAGGAAGUGUGUACCACAUCUUUUUCUACAUCUCCUCCCUCCCAGUGUGUGUUUACUGUCACAAAGGCACAUUUUCAGACCCCUACUCCUGUGGUGAUGGACACUCUGAGGGUCCCCAUGGCAGGACUGGCCUUUUCCCAUCAACUCUCAAGCUCUCGCCUUUCCUAUCAGCCUGCUGUCCUGGGCCUUGGAUCUGCUGACCUGGCUUAUCCAGUAGUGUUUACUGCUGGUUUAAACACUACACACACUCACCAGCUGAUGGUUCCUGGGAAGGAAGGUGGGGUACCUCUUGCUCCCAACCAGCCUGUUCAUGGCACCCAGGCUGAUCAGGAGAAACUGAUGACCCACGUGCCUUCUGAUGGGACCCACUGUGCUGCCACACCCUCUAGCAGUGAGGACACUGAAACUGUAUCCAACAGCAGUGAGGGACGGGCUUCACCCCAUGACGUCUUGGAGACUCUCUUUGUCCGAAAAGUGGGAGCAUUUGUCAACAAACCCAUCAACCAGGUGACCCUGACAAGUUUGGACAUACCCUUUGCCAUGUUUGCUCCCAAGAAUUUGGAGCUGGAGGAUGCCGAUCCUAUGGUGAAUCCCCCGGACUCCCCAGAGAUCACAUCACCCCUCCAUGGCAGCCUGCACUCAGAUGGCUCCAGUGGGGGCAGCAGUGGCCACACACAUGACGACUUUGUCAUGAUUGACUUUAAACCCGCUUUUUCUAAAGACGACAUUCUUCCGAUGGACUUGGGGACCUUUUACCGUGAAUUUCAGAACCCUCCUCAGCUGAGCAGCCUCUCCAUAGAUAUUGGAGCCCAGUCUAUGGCAGAAGACUUGGACUCCUUACCAGAGAAGCUGGCUGUGCAUGAGAAGAACGUCAGAGAAUUUGAUGCCUUUGUCGAAACCUUGCAGUAAAAGUGUCCCAAGUGUCCGCAGCACCCCCUUUCUGUGGA